AUUCACCAUCAUCACCAGCAACUUCAGUCUGAGCUCCCCGGGCAGAGUAGAUGCCUGUCCGGAUGGAGGGCAAACCGUUCACCUGAAUUGUAUCAGUACUUGUGGGUCGCGGUAUGAACGACAUUUGGAAACGCAGUUAUUUGCAUCUUUUACGAGAAAGGGGCUAAAGAUGAGAGUGUUAUUCCUGCGAUGUGAUACCAUUACGUUGCAUCAGUCAGCGUGAUUUGCUAUGGUGAUACUACAAGCUAACCCCAAGCUAGCAGAGGGACUGUUUUGGGAGAUACCUUUUUGAAAAACUCUUACGCUGACACAUGAAUUAGAGACUUUUUGUGAAUUUUCAUCAAGCUGGAACACAAAGGGGAAUGUCUAACCAAGGAGUUAGGAGAAAUGGCCCAGUAAAGCUGCGGUUGACAGUCCUGUGUGCAAAGAACCUGGCAAAGAAAGACUUCUUCCGGUUGCCAGAUCCCUUUGCCAAAGUGGUGGUGGACGGUUCAGGACAAUGCCACUCUACAGAUACUGUGAGAAACACGCUGGACCCAAAAUGGAAUCAACAUUAUGAUCUAUAUAUUGGAAAGUCAGACUCAAUCACCAUCAGUGUGUGGAACCACAAGAAGAUCCACAAAAAGCAGGGCGCAGGUUUCCUGGGCUGUGUCCGCCUCCUGUCCAAUGCCAUCAACAGACUCAAAGACACUGGCUAUCAGAGACUGGACCUGAAUAAGCUGGGCCCUAAUGACAACGAUACUGUGAGAGGACAGAUAGUAGUAAGUCUUCAGUCCAGGGAUCGCAUCGGGACAGGAGGACCAGUGGUGGACUGCAGUCGUCUGUUUGACAAUGACUUACCUGAUGGCUGGGAAGAGAGGAGGACAGCUUCUGGAAGGAUACAGUACCUGAACCACAUCACACGUACCACGCAGUGGGAGAGACCUACCAGGCCAGCUUCAGAGUACUCCAGCCCAUCAGGACGUCCGCUGAGCUGCGUGGUGGACGAGAACACACCAGUGAUGACACCCGUUAAUGGGGCCGAGGCCAGUGGCCCACCGGGUGAACAGCGGAUCCAGGAGAGACGGGUUCGAUCACAGCGGCACCGUAACUACAUGAGUCGAACACACCUGCAUACACCGCCUGACCUGCCUGAGGGCUAUGAGCAAAGAACAACUCAGCAGGGCCAGGUCUACUUCCUCCACACACAGACUGGAGUCAGCACCUGGCAUGACCCCCGCGUACCCAGGGACCUAAGCAAUGUGAACUGUGAGGAGCUUGGCCCACUGCCACCAGGCUGGGAGAUCAGAAACACAGCCACCGGCCGCGUCUACUUUGUCGACCACAACAAUCGAACAACACAGUUCACAGACCCGCGGCUGUCUGCUAACCUGCAUCUAGUACUCAACAGCCCAAGUCCAAAUGGUUCCCGUGUGGCCAUGGACAGCCAAAACACUAACCUCAGUCAUCCCACUCAGCUGAAGGACCAGGGUGGUCCUGGGGGACCUCAGCAAGCCCUGUCGCCAGCCCAGUUACCUGAAGAAGCAGAGUGCCUGACGGUGCCCAAAUACAAGAGAGACCUGGUGCAGAAGCUGAAGAUUUUGCGGCAGGAACUCUCUCAGCAGCAACCCCAGGCUGGGCACUGCCGCAUCGAGGUCUGCCGUGAGGAGAUAUUUGAGGAGUCAUACCGACAGGUGAUGAAGAUGCGUCCAAAGGAUCUCUGGAAAAGACUGAUGAUCAAAUUCAGAGGAGAGGAGGGACUGGACUACGGCGGGGUAGCAAGGGAAUGGUUAUACCUGCUGUCCCAUGAGAUGCUGAACCCCUACUACGGCCUGUUCCAGUACUCCAGAGAUGACAUCUACACUCUACAGAUUAAUCCUGACUCUGCUGUCAACCCGGAGCACCUGUCGUACUUCCAUUUUGUGGGCCGUAUCAUGGGAAUGGCGGUGUUCCAUGGCCACUACAUUGACGGAGGCUUCACUCUGCCCUUCUACAAACAGCUGCUGGGAAAACCAAUUACGCUGGACGAUAUGGAGUCUGUCGAUCCUGACCUCCACAACAGCCUCGUCUGGAUCCUGGACAACGACAUCACUGGCGUCCUGGACCACACCUUCUGUGUGGAGCACAAUGCCUACGGGGAAAUCAUCCAGCAUGAGCUCAAACCCAACGGCAAGAGUGUUCCUGUCACAGAGGACACCAAGAAGGAGUAUGUUAGGUUGUAUGUGAACUGGCGUUUCCUGCAUGGCAUCGAGGCUCAGUUUCUGGCCCUGCAGAAAGGCUUCAAUGAGGUCAUCCCUGAACACCUUCUCAAAGCCUUUGACGAGAAGGAACUGGAGCUGAUAGUGUGUGGCCUGGGAAAGAUCGACAUCUCAGACUGGAAAUCCAACACCCGUCUGAAGCACUGCACCCCCGACAGCAACAUCGUGAAGUGGUUUUGGAAAGCCGUGGAGUCGUUUGACGAGGAGAGGAGGGCCCGACUACUGCAGUUUGUCACUGGCUCAUCCAGAGUCCCGCUGCAGGGCUUCAAGGCUUUACAGGGUGCUGCAGGGCCCCGACUCUUCACCAUUCAUCAGAUCGAUGCCAACACCAACAAUCUGCCCAAAGCCCAUACCUGCUUCAAUCGGAUCGACAUUCCGCCCUACGAGAGCUACGACAAGCUGUACGACAAGCUGCUGACGGCGAUCGAGGAGACCUGUGGCUUCGCAGUGGAAUGAGAGACACGUUGCUGUGUGUGUGUUUGUGUGUGAACAUGUGUAACUGUGUGCAGUGCGACCUGCCAACAGGCUCGCUCGGAGCCUGAUACGUGCGUCUUUGAUCAGCCUGCAGUCUUCCUCUUCUCUCACCGCUGUCCACAUUCUCCUCUUAUCGAUAUCUGAACAGCUGCUAGAGAGUCAUCCCAUCCUUCUUUAUGUGUCCUGUUUUGUCUUUUGGUGUAGUUUUUUUGUGAAAUACAGAGAGCAAAUUAAGAGCUGUUAAGAGCUGCAGCAACAACCAAUUUAGUCUUUUAUCAUUUUGAGCGGGAAGUUUUUUUUUUUUUUGUCCACUCCCUUUGCAAUCAGAAAAAGCAACGGUGAAAAGAUCCACAAUGCCUCAUCAUCUCAGUUUAAAUCUUAACAAAUCAGGAAGGAGAUUAUCAACAUGCAUUUCAAUAUCUUACGCAGGUGUUUCAUUUAAAAAAAAAUCUUCUGUGGCAUUUGAGAACAGUGAGUCACUAUUUUGUUUUGGAAUUUAAGCUGAUUGAAUUGAUCCUUGUCAUGCUACUGAAUCUUUAACAUUGCAGGUAGCCAUAUCUUGCCCUUAACCUCAACCAGUACACCUUCCAGUCCUCAUGGCUGCAGAGUUGGUGUGCUUCAUCUUGUAGAGGCGCCACAAAUUCACCCUACCUCAGUGUAAUGUUUUGACCUUUGAAGGGUUUCAUUCCAAAAUGCUACGUAUCGUCUUCUGUAAAAGUUGGUAGUCGAUGUAAAUCAAAUUCAGAGUUGGAAAUCUUUUGUUUUUACAGCGAUGCUCCAUUAUUAGUUCAGCUUUUAUUCCAGCAGUCAUUUUGUAUUUGUAAAACCAUAUAAUUUAAAUAGUGAAUAUGUCAUUUUGAAAUGGAACUCAUACAGGCUGACUUGUAUGUGCAGUAGGUCUGAUGUUUUGUGGCGUUUUUGACUCGAGCUUGUGGCAGUGGUUCAAAGAUGGGUGGACGGACUCUGGUGAAGAAGAAGGCAUAAAUCUUUUUUUUUUGUUUGUUUGUUUUUCCCUGCACACUGUGGCCACAGCUCUUGUAAACGUGUGUGUCUGUGUGUUUCUGCAUGUGUACACAAAUGUACAUUUGUAUGCAAAGAAGGCAGACAUUUUGUAGAUGAAUUCCCCUUCAACUAUACUUGCACAGUAUAUGUCGCUGCAAAGCUGAUUGAACCUCACUGUUUGAGCCUGGUUCGUCUUCCUUUUCUCUUAUUCACACAUUUGUCUUCAGCAAAUUACAAGUAUGCAUGUUUUGUUUUUUGUUUUUUUUGUUGUUGUUGUUUUAUCCAACCCAGCAUAACUCAGCACACUUCCUGUCAAAUUAUAUGUGAAAAGGGCACAACUGUCCUCGGGACCAGGCUUGAUUAAAAAAGCCUUUUAAGGCAGAUGCCUAUUUUCAAUCACAUCAGUUUAAUAAGGCAGAAGUAUUUCUUUCUCUUUGUCUUUCUUUCUCGUCACUUUAGAGCACUUUACAAACUGAGCAGUGAUGGCAGGAGUGCUUUCUUCACAUUAGAUUAAAAUAUAUCAUGUUUCAUUUGCUAUACAACUACAUUAGAAAUAUACAGAGUCAAAAGUAUCUAUACACCUGUAAUUUUUUGAGUAUAUAUGUACAAAUACAUAGCUAUUUUGUAUAUUGUUGCUUGUUCUUUCUGUUCAAUUUAAAUGCAAGCAUGUUGGUGUCUGUCACAGACCUCUUUGCAUUCUCAGGUGAAGUUCUUUAUUUUGAUUUGUUUUUUUGUUUGUUUUUUACAUUUAUUGGGCUAGUAUGUGAGGAGGGAUAAAACUGGUUUUAAUGGAAACUAUAUUUCAGAUUCCUGGACUUUAAACCCAUAAUAGAGUGUAAAACCUGGCAGUUUAAAGUGAAGAUUUUCUUUUUGGUCAAUCACAUGAACUUUUUGUUGCACACACACAUACCUUCAUAGGAGAACAAGAAAGGCCAUAUUUGCUGCUCAGGAUAUCUGAGCCUAGAGGAGCAAAAAUGUUUAAGUUAAAUGAAAAGUCACUAAAAACCACAGAGACAACAGAGGGGAGCAUGUCCAUCACUAGAGCUUCCAUCCAAAAAAGAAGAAAAAACAAACCCCUCUGCAUGAAUGGAUGCUCAAGAGAUCAAGCCUAUUUAUUUGCUUAAUUAUUACUCUCAGAAAACGUGUUAACUGUUCAGUGUUCUUGUUUUAAUAUCUAUUCUGCUUGCAUUUAUUUGCAACCAUGAAUAGUUUAACUGAACUUAACUUAACUUUUUUUUUUUAAAUUUUGUGGUCAUCAUGAGACAAAACAGAGAACAUGGAGAAUUGAUUUGAUUUUACCUUUAAUAACCUGACUCAGUGGCAGAAAAGAAAUGCAUUACACGUUUUUUUUGCACACAUUAUGCAUACUUGGGCUCCAAGUUAUAAUCAGACACUUCCUUCUAUUUACCAAAUAGUUAAUGGACUGAUUGAUUUUUAUGUAGAUACCAUAUAUAUAUAUAUAUAUGCAUACACACGUUCUUGAUAUGCACACACAUGUAUGUUUGUCCAGUGCACACAGUCCUCUUCGGCUCUUUGUUACUUUUUGUUCGCACCAAGUUUUCUGGCUGGUUCAGUCUUCAGUGCAAAAGUUGUGGAGGUUGAGUAUUUUUAGACAAGGGGAAAUCACACUUCUCCCCCAAAUUAGUCACAUCCUAUACAAGUUUGCAGGUCAUAGUCAACUUUAUCAAGCUUUCAUGGAAACACGCUUUUGUCUGCUCUGAUUGAUCUAAUGAAUCUACUUGAAUAAGUUCUGGUAAAUAUUAUGUAUUGCAUUGAUGGUUUAAUUGGUUACAAUCUACAACAACAAGCUCUCUCCACACUUUAAAGCACAAAUUUACAGUUUAAUGUGCAAAUUUGAAUAUGUGUGUGUGUGUGUGUGUGUGUGUGUAAAUGACUUUUGAUUUAAUUCAGUACAAAACAGAUUUUUUUUUUAAACUGCACCAUGUUUUAUUUCUUUUGAUUCUUUAUCUGUUUUUGUAUUUAUUAUAACAGUAUACGUGUUCAUAGUUUUUCACAUCAGCUGCUCUGUGAGCUUGUAACUGACACCUGUACAUAAGGACAAUAAAGAAGCAAUGUAACAGACUUCUUGUACCCUUGCAGAAAGCUGAGCAAUAAAACUAUGCUGUUUGGACCUCACAGCAUUAUGUUUUAUAGAA